CCAGAAAUUCAAAUUUGUAACGCAUCGCAAGACGUCGACCACCAAAACAACUUCAGGAAACAGACCAUGGCUCGUUUCUCGGUAGCAACUACGGCACUCUGCCUAGCCCUCGGGGCUCCUUCCUCCCAGGCUUUCACUGGAAUUCAAUUCCGACCUCUGACSACAUCGUCACCUGUUGCCGCCAAUGGUUCCAGCUCGGUCUUGCACAUGAACCUGUUCGACCGAUUCGCUCGCGUGGCGAAGUCAAACCUGAACGAUCUCGCAAACAAGCUUGAAGACCCAGAAAAAAUCAUGGGACAGGCCAUCGAAGAAAUGCAGGUUAGUUUCUUUCGUUUCUUUUUUGUCAACAUUUUGUUUCUCCCAUGGGAUCCUGGAUGUUUGCUGGAGCUGUGCGCUCCCCACUUUCUGCCUUCUUCAUUGACAUCGACUCAAAUAUAAUGCACCACACCGUAACUGAUGCCCCUCUGCGAGAACAGAACGACUUGGUCAAGAUUCGCCAAAGUUACGCCGAAGUUACGGCCACCCAGCGUCGUUUGUUGAAACAAAAGGAGCAGUGUGACGCCAUGGCCCAGGACUGGUACAAGCGGGCACAGCUGGCUCUCGAAAAGGGCAACGACGAAUUGGCUAAAGAAGCACUGACGAGACGCCAGCAGCAAGCCGAAGAGGCCGCCAGUUUGCAGAGCCAAAUCGAUGGCCAAGCCGAUUCUUUGGACAAGCUGUUUGAGGGAAUGAAAAUGUUGGAGACGAAAAUCAGCGAAAACAAGGCCAAGAAGGACCAAAUGAUUGCCCGAGCCAGAACCGCCCAAUCCACCCAAAAGGUGAACGACAUGAUCUCCGGAGUUACGGGUAAGGCCAGCACGGACGCCUUUGCCCGAAUGGAAGAAAAGGUCGAGGCGUUGGAAGCAUCCGCGGAAGUUUCUGCCGAAAUGGGAUCGAUAACGGGAAACGCACUCCCUGGAUCAUCGGGUGCCAGCAUGGAAGCUCAGUUCAAGGCACUGGAGGCUGCGAGCGAAGUCGACAACGAACUUGCAAAGAUGAAGGGUUUGCUUGCGGCCGAAUCAUCAUCCGAAAGCAGCAAGAAAAGCGAUGUCGACGACGAGCUAGAAAAGCUAAAAAGGGAUGCCGGGCUUUAAAGGUAGGGUAUUGCUUUAUCCAUCACAACUGCAUAACUGGCCUCGUUUCACCCUAGAAUUGGCCGUGUGUAGCGUAUCUCGGUACGUGACGAACGUUCACAUCCUCAUCUCUGAUCUUUUGACUCGAGGUGUACACGAGAAACUAAUAUGCUACCGUGCGGCUUCGUACCCAUGAUCAAAGCCAUAUUAUAUCAAAGUUAAUAAUCUACCGGUAGCCAU